AUGAUCUCUAUCCUCUCCGCCGCCGUCCUGGCGCUCCUCGCCACCUCGACCACCUCAGCUAUCAUACCCUGGGACACGACCGAGGAAUACGGGUAUGUAACGACAUUAAGCAGCCAGGGAGAUGCUGCCGUGACAGACUCGGACGUAACUACGUUCACGGAGAAGGGCUUAGACACCGGGGCCCGCUUCACGAUCCUCACCAACUCCGAUGAUCUUUACGCCGGCAUUUACGUCCAGUCGUCGGGAGACUUCGUUACCGACUACGACGUGAGGGCCCUGGAUCAAAACGGCGAGACCGUAGCCUUCUACGACGUAUGCGGCGCCAGGAGCAACUUCACGUACAUCCCAUUCAUCGGCACUCGAGGUGACGGGAGGACUAUGGGCGUCAACACGGUGACCAUCGUUCUCGAUGCGCGAGCGUCUAAGAAUGGGGCCACGACGGCAAGAAUCAACGAGAUAUAUCCCAUCCAUGUUGGGGAUGAGGUUUUCAAUCCGAACAAUACUUCGCCUUGCCCCAACUCCUCUUGA